CUUGCGUAGGCUUCACAUCAAAUAACUGCAGUGCAAUGCACAGGACACGGAAAGACUUGAAUUAGUGGCUUAGUUGCUCCAAUACAGUUGAAACGGCCUUGCUUUUUAGAUAGGCUAUUUAAUUCAAUUUUGAAGAUAGCGGCACAAUUGCAUUGGCUUUCUGACAUGGAAGAUGCCAAGAAAAGAAAUAAGGUGACUUCAUUGUGCGUGGGUUGUGGGCAUCAGAUCCUGGAUCGGUUUCUCCUGCGGGUUUCUCCUGAUCUGGAGUGGCACGCGGAGUGUCUGAGAUGCGCAGAAUGCCAUCAGUAUCUGGACGAGUCGUGCACCUGCUUCAUCAGAGACGGAAAAACCUUCUGCAAAGAGCAAAGUAGAUUAUGCCCCCGUAAAUGUGCGAAAUGCUGCAAAGUCUUCAACAGAAAUGAGUAUGUUAUGCGAACACGAGUAGACAUUUAUCACACUGAGUGUUUUCGAUGUGAGAGCUGUGAUCGCCAGUUAGUCCCCGGAGAUGAGUAUGUUCUGUGGGAGGGCCGACCGCUCUGUACGGACCAUCACGAGUUAUUCAACCGACUGAGUACUUCAAAUGAUUUACAUGACAAAACACAGGACACUGAUGUGUAUGAAAACAGCAAACCCAUAUCACAGUCCAGUUGUCCCUGGUCAUCAGCACAGAAGAGGUCAGAGAGAGCCACCCGCGUGAGGACGGUUCUGAGCGAGACCCAGCUCCGCAUGCUGCAGACCUGUUACAGUGCUAACUCCAGACCUGACGCCCUCAUGAAGGAGCAGCUGGUGGAAAUGACGGGCCUCAGUCCCCGGGUCAUUCGGGUUUGGUUCCAAAACAAGCGAUGCAAGGAUAAGAAAAUAAGUCUUAUGAUGAGGCACACGCAGAAGCAGCGCGAAGUCCAUCCGGAUGUUUCUGAGGAGCGGAUUCUGGCUGCUAGUCCAGAAAGUCAAAACAUUGACAUGUUGGGAAACCCAUCGUGGAAACUCCUGACCAACUUUAUUCUGCAAAAGCACACGGACCUGAGCUCAUUCCAUCAUGUGCUAUCUUUAUCGAAGGAAGGUCCCCGUUCUGGUGCAGGUGAAGUUGUGUCAAUAUCAGCUCAGUUAUCAGACACACCCAGCAGUCUUACUGCAAGUCCCACAGGAAUCAACGAGUAAACAGUUUUUACAAACAGAGCAAAACUGUGAGUUCACCCUUUUCCAACAUAAACACAGCCACUGGAUGACUUUAAACACUGUGAAAAUAAAAUGUCCCAAACAUCAUUUUCAUACAGUAAUAAGAUGUGAAUAAUAUAUGUGCACUCAUUAUGAUCAAUUUCUGGAUAUCUGCUGGAUCUCAACAAUAUUAUUUCUUUUUACUACUUUUUUUAGCAUAUCGCUGCUGUCCUUCUGAAACCUGGUAUCUCCAUAUUUCGUGAUUUUGUUUUACCAUAAUUUACCAAAAUUAUUAGUCACCCUUUAUGUUUGUCACUGGGUUUUGUAAAAAUCUAACCAAUAAAAAGUAUUAAAAAGUGCUUAUCAACUUUGACAAAAAAGUAUUUAAUCAUUGAAAAAGUACAAUGUUUUUCAAUUUCCUUAAAAAACAGCGAAUUUGGACAUGAGGUUUCGGAAGGAUAGUGAUGUGUUGUGUUGUGUUUCUUUAUUACUUAUAAAUAAACUAUGAAUCUGUUAUAAAUGCAUUACUUGGAUAUGAUAGAAAAUGCAUUGUUCUAUAAUUUAUAUAUUUAUUGAGUUGUCAUA